GUCUUGGAGCGAGAGAUGCCAGACUAACUAUUAUUCGAAUGUCUCUCCGGCUAUUAUGAUCAACAAAUAACUAUUGUUUUUCAUUUUUUGAUGAUAGUUUUGAACAAUACCAACGGUGGCGAAUUACUUAUUUUGUGACAAGUUAUGCGAGUUGUGUUGUUUUGGUACAAGUUGGGGAGCCGUUCGCGCACGUCUCCGGCAGCCAGUCGGUUUCUCGACUAAUUAGGGCAAUGUUGCUGGUAUCCAUUGUAUUGGAGUUGUCGCACUAGCCAGUCGUCUUCGUUCUCACACUAGGAUAUUGUUUCUCUGCGAUGGCUGAGGCGAGGAGAAUGGAGGACGAGGAGCGGGAGAGUUUGAGAGGAGAGCCGAGGGAACCUGUUAUAAGACGCCAACCCAGACCGACCAACUCAUCUGGAGAGAGGCACAAGGAACACAGACUGAGCCAAGGGCCUCUGUCCUCCAUCAGGGCCGCCAUUAAGAGGACGUCAACUAGAUCCACUUCCCUGAGCGAGAGCAACCCCAGAGACAGGAGCCGUCCAGAGAUCACCAUCCUAUCAGCUGAGCCGCUGGCGUCCAACACCUGGUUCCCCGGGGCUUCUGGGGGAUUCCCUCCGCCCCCUCCUCCUGCUGCUAUGAUCUGGGGCAGCAGUAUACCUCAUACUAUACAGCCCCCUCCUUCUUAUGACGAGGUGAUUAGAGAGACGAGUCAGGUACAGGUCCAGGUGUUGCCUCCCUCCUUCUCCCCCCAACGCUCUGUCUCCACAACUACCAUCGCCACGCAGACUGACACUGGACUAGAAUUCUCAGCAGUGGCCCACGCCCCCAACCAGAGAGGCUCUGUGGCCAGGAGACCUCCAAGGCCUCCCAGACCUUCCUAUUCCUUUACAGCCAAACUGUUGCACGCUGAUGACACGACGUCGCACGCUGAUGACACGACGUCGCAAGCUGAUGACUCACUCAUCUUCCUAGAAGACAGUCCAGCACUUCGCACACACACUCAGACCAGCAGACACACCGUCAUACACACAGAGGAGACAGCGUUUCACUAUGACCUCUUGACCUCUGCCCCUGGCAGCCAAACUGACCAAUGGGAGCAGUCCUCCUUCGUCCUCCCCCCUCAUUCCACUGUCUUGACAAUGCCCUCCGACCCUCCUCUGCCCCAUAACCAGCCCAGGCCACGUCCUCGCACUAAGAAUAGCCUUCGACCAAUCAGGAGAGAGGUCAAAGUUCAGACCCUGGUGAGGCUGGGACAGACAGGAUGUGAGGUCACAGAGAACCAAGAAGGGAGUCAUCAGGGGGGGAAGUACCUUCAGGAUCUCCUGGACGCCUUCAGCUCCGACGAUUGGGGCUUCCCUGAUCACCAUAGCAACGACGAAGUAGAGAGCGACUUGAGAGGAGAAGAAGAAGAGGAGGAGGAGGAAGAAGAUAUGAGAGCCAGGAUACAAGCCUUCGAGCUGCAGCAGCAACAGGAGGACCAUGGUAACCAUGCAGACAGUGACCAUGGAGAUGGAGCGUUGCUAGGGGGAGGGAAACCUGAACCCCACCCCCGAGUACAAGCACUCCCCAAACCGGCCCCAGUCAUCUCCCGGAAACCCUCCCUCGCUGCCAAGACUUCCUCCCGCAAAGGAUUGUGGGAAGAUGGAAGCUCACUUGCGAUAGACUUGAACUUGACUGUUGAUACAGUUACCACCUCCCAACCCACACCCACUGACCCCUCUCCCAAACCCACAGAGACCCCCUCAAGUACCCCUGUCCCAGUCCUCGCACCCCUACCCCUGCUUCCUAGAAAGCCCCCCUCUGAACCCCAAAGACCAGACCCCCAGGUAAGGCAGACAGAAGGGACCUCCCUACUCCAUCCUCCUCCAAGACCUUCAGUAGCACCCAGGACCAACGGGGCCAUGGUACCCCAGGAGAGAAGCACUGUGGUCGACCUACCAACACCAGCGUUACCCCUUAAACCCUCCAUAGACCUCCACAGCAACAACAUUAGACCAAGUGUUGCUCAGAAGCCCAAUGCCAUGUCAUCAUCCCGUAGAGUGAGUGUGCCCCUGCCUGCGCCCGGACUAGCCGUACCUGACAACAGGAGACCCUCUCUGGUCUCUAAACCCUCCAUCCAGACCCCCAUACCCACAUCCCUAGUACCCUUAACCCCGGCCCUGGCUCCACCCCCAAUGGGUGCUAGACCUCCAGUCUUAUCCUCAGCUCCAGCCCAAAAGAAAACCCCACUGGUCUCCUCAGAGUGUGAACCUCCUCUUCCUCCUCGACCCCAGGGAGUGUUUAAGAUGCUCCCUCUCCGCCCCCCUCCCAUGAAGACUGUUCCUGGUCGACACCCACCUCUCCAGGCUGUCUCCUCCUCCUACUCUACCACAUCAUCCAAUCAGCCACCCCCUGCCCAGGCUGUAGCCGCCCCCGCUUCUACAUCAGCCAACCAGCAGGCUGUCCCUGGCCCCUGCACCACUCCAUCAGCCAAUCAGCCACAGGGUCAGAGGGCACCAAAGAAAGGCCCUACUCUACCCCUCCGACCCAGGCCUGGACACCCCCUGUACAAGAGUUACAUGCCCAUCCUUCCAUCUCAACCCAGUGGAGAGAAGUCCCAGCUGGUCACAGCACCUGUCAGUGGUCUGAGGUGUGUGGCACAGUUCGACUUCGAGGGGGAGGAGGAAGACGAGCUGACCUUCUACGAGGGUGAUGUCAUCUCUCUGACGGGGGUGAUUGGUCAGGAGUGGGGGCGGGGACAGAUCCACGGGCGAAUAGGAAUCUUCCCUCUGGCCUUCACGGAGGUCCUUGAGGAACCGCCUCCGUCGGCAGGGAAACAGCCCGUUGUCGAGAAGACCACGAAGAUGGACUCCUCAGCCCAGCCAAUGAGGGACCAGCCUGUGGCCAAGGGCGUGGCCAAGGUCCUGUUUGAUUUCAGUGCAGAGUGAAGAUGAACUCUCACUAAAGGCGGUGGAGGUGGUAACGGGUGGAGGCAGUAGAUGAGGAGUGGUAUCUGGGGGAUGCAGGAGGCGAGGUCCCCAAAAACAACCUGACACCUACAAAUAGGACUAUGGAUGUACACUGUGUGUUAGAGAACAAGAGACUGUGUUGGAGAGAGAGAGACUGUGUUGGAGAGAGCGAGACUGUGUUGGAGAGAGAGAGACUGUGUUGGAGAGAGAGAGAC